AUGGAUUCGAUCACUGUUGCUCCUGUCAAAGUGCGACUAAAUACGCUGUACGAGAAAAUAGACGUUGGUUGGAAAGACACGUCGUUAUUUGCUGCGUCGCCUUAUGGGGGACCUAUCGCAAUUGCCAAUUGUAUACCCGGUAGCAUCUCGCAUUGGACCAUUACAGUGAAAACAUGUGCAGGAGUGACACUGGCAUCAAUAAAGACGGAGAUAUAUGCUCUACAUGCGCUUUAUUGGACUCGGUGUCAUCGGCUGGUUGUCUUAAGUAAAAGGGGUCAUGUUCACGUUUACACCCCGCUAGGCAAACGUGUAGCAGCGCACCAUUUUGCCCAGGAAACUCCUGUCAUUCAAUCAAGAUCUUUCACCAGCUCUCACAGUAAAACUGGGGUGGCCAUACUUGCAGAGACGAAUUAUAUUUACCUUGCUAAUUCAGUAAUGGAUUUUGCUGUUUGGCGUCUUCCACAAGCAGAAAAUCGACAGCGACCGUCAGUAUGGAAUGUACUUUCGCCGGCCACGUUCGGCCAAGUUACAGUUAUAUGCAUUGUGAACAACAAUUUUUAUAUAGGUGUUCAGGGUUUCCCUCCUCAGUCAUUGAACGUCUCGUGGAAAUUGACGGAGGGGAGCUACCUUGAUGCUUGCAGUAGUUGGGAUUCCUCUUUAAUCGCUUUCUGUCACAGUUCUUUGGAUGUCCAAAUCGCUAACUCUGAUUUUACGCUUCUUUACACCAUUAAGCUCCCGGACUCCUUGUUAGUGGACAGCAUAUGCGCUUCCUCCUCGUCAAGUAAAGUUUAUUGGUGCGGCAGUCAGGCGAUUCUAUUUAAAUAUUCCAAAAAUUCUCUUCUUGUAUCAUCGCUGGAGUCGAAUCGAUACGAAUUCUUUUUUGGUGGCGAUAUACGACUGGAUAUGGAACUAGACGGAGUCAAAGUUUUUACAGAACAUGAAUUGUCGCUUAUUACUAUUGUUCCAGAAGAAGUUGAGAAUGUACUUGGCCUUUUAUCUCAGCAAUGCGGUGCGCUUUUGUUCGCAGCAUCAGAAAAGUUUCAAAGUCGAGGAACUGGAGUGUACGACUACAUUAAUAUGAUAGGCCCUGACACUGAAAAAGCUGUUCAUCAGUGUUUGUUCGCUGCUGCUCAUCAAUUUGAUUGUGCUUUGCAACAAAAACUCCUAUUGGCAGCAAAUCUUGGGAAAUCACUCACUCCUCAGUAUGAUUCGUCGCAAUUUGUUGAUACAUGCAGAGUUAUGAGGAUACUAAAUUGUAUAAGACAACCAUAUGUCGGUAUCGCAAUGUCGUUUUCUCAGUCUACAGAAUUGAAGAUGGAUUCCUUAAUAGAUCGUUUAAUAGACCUUAAUCACUGGCCUUUAGCAAUAAAAUUUUGCGAUUACAUGCACGUGGAACCUAACGUUGGCGUACAUCGUGUUUUGGCACACUGGGCUGUUAGCAAGAUUGAAGAUGCUAAAAAAAGAAAAGAUACUGGAAGUGUUUCAGACUAUAAUGCUCUCGCAGAGCUUAUCGUCAGCAAGUUUUCUUCCUUUCCAGACGUCAGCUUUGCAGAUGUCGCUAGGGAAGCUGUUAAUGCGGGUUUGAAUGAUUUAGCUGUACUGUUGUUGGAAAAAGAAACUCAUUUGGAUAGACGUGUUAAGAUGUUGCUUAGCCUCAACAAAAUUGAAAUGGCUUUGAAGAGAGCUGCGAAGAGUCAACAACCAGACUUAUUACAUGUUGUUGUAAAUUACCUGAGGACGAAUCUACGUAAAGAUGAGGUUGAUCGGUUGCUACAUAAACAUCCGCAAGCACUCUCACUUUAUCAGGACUUCCUUCGGGAUACUUCUCCACAACACGUGUUAGCCUUGUAUAAGGAGGACGACGACUUUGCGAGGCAAGCGAUAUGCCACUUGGAAGAAGCAGAAUUUGUUCCUUGGAACCCAUUUGAAAAGAAGCAAAAAGUAGACGAACUUUGCGACGCUAAACGGUGCAUGGCUAGUCUAAAGGAAACAGGCAUUGAACAGGUACUAGACGACUCAUCAAAAUUGCUAGAAAUUUGUGAUUCUCUUGAAGACAAGAAUGCAUUCAGUGAUAUUGACCGAACGAGUCUUAGAUCGGUCGUCGUUUGGGCGUUUGGACGUAGGGAGGAGGACUCAGCGUUAAUCGAAAUGUUAAAAAGAAAGUUCAAGCUGAGUGACAGAGUAUGCAUGAUGUGGAAGAUAGAGGGUUACGCUAAGUAUGGUAAAUGGCAUCACUUGGAAAACUUGUCUAAAGUGAAGAAAAUGCCUGUGGGGAUCAUGCCUUUUGUGGAAGCUUGUGUUCGGUACGGAAAUAAUAGCCUUGGAGAACAGCUAGUUAACCGGCUAAGUUCGCCAGAAGAAGUUGUUGAAGCCUUUAUUUCGCUCGGAUUACCUGAAAAAGCAGCUUCAAAAGCUGUCGAAAAUAAACUUAGUGAAUAUGUUGAUAUAAUGCGCUCUCAAUUUCGUGCUGAUGAAAUUCACGGACCGGAAGUGCUACGAAUCCUGAACGCGUAUAGAAAGAUGUAG